AUGGAGACUGUACAGAGUUUACCAGAUAAAUCCGCAUAUAUCUCAGUACACGGCCGCAAAUACUCGCUCCCCACACGUCCAACCGUCGCCGUCUGCAUCGAUGGGUUCGACCCUGAGUACUUAUCCCAAGGCAUUGCAGACGGAAUCAUUCCUCACCUAGGCCGCUUUGUAGCAUCAGGAUUCGCGGUGACAGCGAAAGGCGCGAUGCCAUCGUUCACGAAUCCCAACAACCUCUCGAUCAUCACCGGUGCACCGACCUCCGCUCACGGCGUUGCGGGGAACUUCUUUCUCGACAAGGAGUCGAAGAAGGAGUUCAUGCUGCUCGACGACUCGAUGCUCCGAGGCACGACCAUUCUCAAGGAGAUGGCCAGUCGCGGCGUACGAGUCGCGGCCGUGACAGCCAAGGAUAAACUCAGGAGAAUCAUCGCACAUGGUCUCAAGCCCGAGAAUGGAGCGAUAUCCUUCUCGUCGGAGAAAGUCAGGGACUGUACCAUGGCGGAGAACGGGGUGUGCGACGUCGAAGAAUGGAUCGGGCGGCCUGCACCGUCGCAGUACUCCGGCGACCUCUCGCUGUUCGUCUUGGACGCCGGGGUCAAGAUCCUCGAAGAGGACAGGGCGGAUUUACUUUACCUCACCCUCUCGGAUUUCAUCCAACACCAUCAUGCCCCUGGAUCUCAGGAAUCGAACGAGUUCAUGAAAGCAUUGGACGCCCGUCUCGGCCAGCUCACCAGCCUUGGAGCCCUCGUCGCAGUGACUGGGGAUCACGGCAUGAGCGACAAGGCAGAUGAGGACGGAAAGCCGAAUGUGCUCUUCCUCCAGGACGUUCUGGAAGACAAAUGGGGCCGGGGCGUCGCUCGCAUAAUCUGUCCCAUCACAGACCCCUUUGUCAAGCACCACGGCGCUCUCGGCUCAUUCGUCCGGGUCCAUCUAGCAGAUAACACAAAGGUCGGAGAGCUGCUGGAAUUCUGCAAAGGCCUGCCACACGUCGAGCUUGCUCUCGACGGGAAAUCCGCCGCCGAGACCUUCGAGAUGCCGCUCGAUCGCGAGGCAGACAUUGUUGUGAUCGCGAAGGACAACGCCGUGAUCGGGAGCCGUGCUGCCGAGCAUGACUUGUCCAGCAUAUCAGGACACCGCUUGCGCUCUCAUGGCGGACUGUCCGAGCAGGAGAUACCGCUUCUUCUGUCGGGUCCCGUGAAAGACCAGACUGCAUCGAAACGAACGGCAUGGCGGAACUUUGAUAUCUUUCAUCUGCUUCUCAAUGAGGCGGCGUAG